GUGGCUUAUUAAACUUUAUAAAAAUGUAUUCAAACAAAUGUACAUACCAUGUCAAUGAGACAAAUGUGUUUUAUGACAUCUUCAUAUUCACCGAAUCCCCCCCCCCUUUUUUUUUUUACCAAAAAAGACUUCUGAUUUUGAAAGCAAAUCAGUACAAAUCCUUUCAAGAGAAAGGGAUUGUACAGUGGCGACUUUUGUAUGAUAGCAUUGCCAAUGGAGGCAAGGUCAAUUCUUGGAAAGUAACUACAUUUACUUCGUCUGCUUUUAGUAUUUGUGGUAUGAUA